AUGGCUACCAUACCCUUGCAAACUCGAGGUCUUGUGACCGAGGCGUCAAAGGCUGGCUACAAGCUCAUGCCCGUGGUUCUCGAUGAUAUGCGCCCAGACGAAGUCUUGGUGGAGAUGAAGUAUUCCGGCAUAUGUCAUACAGAUCUCAUCGGUGCGAAUGGUGCAUAUGAUUACAUCCUCGAAUUCCCUGCUGUGCUCGGACACGAAGGUGCUGGGGUAAUCCGAGCAGUCGGUUCGUCAGUGAAGGAUACAAAUCUAAAAGUCGGGACCAGUGUCAUUCUGUCUUUCAAUCACUGUGGAAGCUGCAGUAACUGCAAUUCUCAACACCCCGCGUGUUGUGUAAAUUUUGAAGCACUUAAUCUGGGAGCUAGACGGCUCACUGACAAGACCACUUCGGCCCGUUUACAGGAUGGACGGCGGCUUGUGAGCCAGUUCUUUGGGCAGUCGUCAUUCCUUAACCAUUCGGUGGUGAGCAAGUAUUCGGUGAUCCCUUGCCCCUAUCCUGAGGACCUCGCAGUAUAUUCAGCUUUGGGUUGCGGUUUUCAAACAGGGGCUGGUACGGUUCUGAACAGCCUUCGACCGACUACCGACGACUCUCUUGUGGUUUUUGGCGCAGGUACGGUUGGAGUUGCUGCGAUAAUGGCCGCCAAAUAUCUUGACCUUCGACAAAUCAUUGCAAUUGACCAGAUAGAGGAGAGGCUCACGAUAUCCAGAGAGUUAGGUGCCACGCACACGAUCAAUACCCAGCACACUCCAGAUUUCAUACGCGAGAUUCAUUCCAUCACAGGUGGUGGGGCUCGCUAUGUUUUAGAAUGCACUGGGGUUUCUCUGUUCAUGGAGAAAAUGUUGGAGUGUGUGUGCUGCGGUGGUUGUGCGGUUGUGGUGGGUGUUCCUAAGCCCGAUUUCAUUUUGAAAAUAGACCCCAUGAAACUACUACAUGAGAAUAAAACGAUCCAACUUCACAGGUCUGGAAACUUUCCGUUGGAAAAGCUCUGCACAUUUUAUGAGGUUUCCAAUUUUGACGAGUGUAUUCAAGACACUCGAGACGGCAAGAUUAUAAAGCCUAUCCUAAAGUGGUAA